AUGAAUUGUCAAAAAAAAGCUAUUCAAGCUGGAUUGGACACUGGUUCUAAUGCAAUUAAAGAGCUUAAAGGCUUUAUAAGUAGUUUUAUUAUCAAAUAUGUGCCAAAAAAGAAAGUUAAAAAGAAGAAAAAACAAGAUAACAAUGAGAAAGAUAUUACUUCAAACUAUAAUUCUAGUGAUGAAGACUUUAUUUUAAUUGAAAUUCUGAUAGUUUAUUCAAAAAAAG